UAUAUAUAUAUAUAUAUAUAUAUAAUCAAAUUUCUUGGGGAUUUGAAUGUAGUAGCUUCCUUGAAAAUGUCGGAGAGGCUUACAAAAAUAAAGGUCCACUUCAUUUGCAAAAUAUACUUCUUAAUGAUAUCCUAGAGGGAGCAAAUCAAAAGGUAAGCAAUUCUCUCCAAGGAGCCAAUGUGAUAAAAAAAAGUCUUCCCCUUCAAAAGGCUCUUAUUAUUUUUGAUGAUGUUGAUGAUCUGGAACAAAUAGAAUCUUUAGUUGAAAAUCGUGCUUGGUAUGGUAAAGGAAGUAGAAUCAUCAUCACAACUAGAGAUAAACAAUGCAUAGCUAAGCUUAAUGUGGAUUACCUAUAUGAGGUUGAAGAACUAAAGGUUGAUGAAGCACUUAAGCUCUUUAAUCAAAAUGCCUUUCAACCAAAUCUUCCAAAAGAGGAUUUUAAAAUUCUCUCAUAUUGUGCGAUAGAUUAUUGUCGAGGUCAUCCAUUAGCUUUGAAAGUUUUGGGUUCUUUUUUAUAUGACAAGACAAUAGGUCAAUGGGAAAGUGAACUACACAAAUUGGAAAAAGAGCCUCAAGUGAAAAUUCAAAAUGUGCUUAAAAUAAGCUUUGAUGGAUUAGACCUUACACAAAAGACGAUACUCCUUGACAUCACUUGUUUUUUUCAAGGUGAAGAUAGAGACUUUGCUUCAAAAAUAUGGGAAAGUUCUAAGUUGUAUGGUGAAACAAAUAUAAGAGUUCUAUUGGAUAAAUGUCUUAUAACUAUUGCACACAAUAGGAUAUAUAUUCAUGGUUUGAUCGAGAAAAUGUGCAAGAAAAUUGUUCAAGAACAACACCCUAAAGACCCUAGCAAAUGGAGCAGAUUAUGGAAUCCAGAUGAUAUCUAUUGUACAUUUGAAAGUGAAGAGGGGAUGGAAAAUGUUGAAACCAUUUCUCUAGACUUGUCUAGAUCAAAAGAAAAAUGGUUCACUAUAAAAAUAUUUGCCCAAAUGAAGAAAGUGUUUGCCAAGAUGAAGAAACUUAGAUUGCUCAAAGUCUAUUAUAGUCUUGGUGAUGAGCAUAAAAUGUCUCUUCCUAAAGACUUUGAAUUUCCUCCUAAUUUAAACUAUCUUCAUUGGGAAGGUUUAGUGUCUUUGCCUUCAAAUUUUCAUGGAGAGAAGCUUGUUGCAAUCAACUUGAAGUCUAGCGACAUAAAAGAACUUUUGAAAGGGGAGAAGUGUUUUGCAGAAUUGAAGUUCAUUGAUCUAAGUAACUCACAACAGCUCAUCAAAAUACCGAAAUUCUCAAGGAUGCCAAAAUUGGAGAAACUUAAUCUUGAAGGUUGUGUAAGCUUCAGCAAACUUCAUUCAUCUAUUGGCACAUUUUCUGAGAUGAAAUUUUUGAGAGAGCUUGAUUUUAGAGAGAGUGGAAUUAGAGAACUCCCAAGCAGUAUUGGGUCCUUGACAUUUCUUGAAAGUCUUUGGCUCUCAAAAUGUUCAAAGUUUGAGAAAUUCCCUGAUAAUUUCUUUGUGAAUAUGAGACGUUUAAGGAUACUUGGGUUAUCUGAUAGUGGUAUUAAAGAACUCCCAACCAGUAUUGAGUGCUUAGAGGCUCUUGAAGAGCUGUUGCUUGAUAAUUGCUCAAAUUUUGAGAAGUUCCCUGAGAUCCAAAAGAAUAUGGAAAAUCUAGUUAGGCUUGAUCUAGAUGAUAGUGGUAUUAAAGAAUUAUCUUGCUUGAUAGGUCAUCUUCCCCGACUUCGAUCCUUAGAAUUGAGCAAAUGCAAAAACUUGAGGAGUGUUCCAAGCGGCAUUUUACAGUUGGAAUCCCUGCGCAUGUGCUAUCUCAUUGAUUGUUCAAAUCUGAUCAUGGAGGAUAUGGAACAUUCAAAAGGCCUUUCUUUACGUGAAUCAGCUAUAACAGAGCUGCCAUCAUCAAUUAGGUUGGUCUUGAGCAAUUGUGAGAACCUUGAGACUCUUCCAAAUAGCAUUGGUCAACUUGUUGUUCGUAACUGUCCAAUGCUCCACAAAUUGCCCGACAGUCUGAGAAGCAUGCAGUUAAAAGAAAUUGAUGUAAGUGGUUGCAAUCUGAUGGCAGGAGCAAUCCCCGAUGAUUUAUGGUGCUUGUUCUCAUUGAAAUGGUUAAAUGUGAGUGGAAACAACAUUGAUUGCAUACCUGGUGGCAUCAUUCGUCUUUCUCGGUUGCAUACCCUUAUCAUGAGACACUGCUUGAUGCUUAAAGAAAUUCCAGAGCUUCCAUCAAGUCUAAGAUGGAUAGACGCACGUGGUUGUCCACUCCUGGAAACUUUAUCAAGUGAUGCAAAGCAUCCACUCUGGUCCUCUCUUCCCAACUGCUUCAAAUCACAAAUUCAGGAUUAUUUUGAAUGCCCACCAUAUUGGAAGUACUACCGUGAAACUAGAGUUGUUAUUCCAGGAAGUAGAGGAAUACCAGAGUGGAUAAGUCAUAAGAGUAUGGGAGAUGAAAUAACAAUAGAUCUCCCAAAGAAUUGGUAUGAAGAUAACAACUUCUUGGGAUUUGCUUUAUUCUCUCAUUAUGCUCCAGUUGAUGAUGAUAUAUUCAAGGCAGCAAAUAUUCGUAUUGCAUCUGAUAGUCUUCGAUUAUUGAUAUCCGAUGGUGAUCAAUUUGGACACGUGGAGAAAAUAAUGUCUCGUAUGAUUUUUAGUACAUUAUUUCCAAAUCCAGCAUUGAGGGUGGUCUAUUUCCCUCAGAGUGCCAUUUCAAGUGAGUAUCGAUCCAAUAGGUGGAACAAGUUUAAGACUAGAUUUUCGGCCCUUCCCAAUGAAGCUUUCAAAGUGAAAAGUUGUGGGAUCCAUCUCAUAUAUGACCAUGGCCAAGAUCACCCUCAACAGAGCCUUCAACUAUUCAAUGUCAAAAGAAGCCAUGAUGAUACAGAGGAUCACCCACAUGUCUAGUUUCUAGCUCCCUCCGCCAAGGCUUUCAGCUAUGCUCUCCUCUCUCUCCCAUCAACUUUGGUUUCGGUCUCUCCUCUCACCGUUGACGAAUGACAAACCUCACCGGCGCAAUGGGCAAUGAAAUAUUCCUAUUGCCGAAAACGCUGAUCGGUCGGAGAUUAAAGCCCUAGAUCAACCAGAAUCUCAAUGAAGAACCCUACAGAAAAAAGAGCAUCCUUGAGACUGCGAAAACAAGUUCGAGAAGACAUUUUGUUGAUAUGUUCUUCCUUAGCUUGAUUGAGCACACACUGCAAUUGCAGCCUCAUCUUCUGGACCUUCCCCUCAAUGAAGCCGUCAAAGGAGAGUUUGAAAGUCUCUUCUUAGACAAGCCAAAAUUGAUGAUUUUGAGCGGCUUCGCCAGAAGAACUGAAUCAACAAAAUAUAGAAGCCUUAGUUGCUGAGAAUAAUCUGGAACAGGUUAAGGAAAGGUCAGUGCACUCCAAGGAAACCCCACAGUUCAUGUCUGGUGCUCAGUCAUUGGAGUUUUUUUUUGUAGAAUAUCACAAGUAAAGGUACUGCAGAAACUGGAAGUGCAGUUUCCUUUAGUGAUGAAUGAUGAUGAAGACCUCACCCAGUUAUCUGGGUCAAAAUCUACCACUAGGGGCAGAAAAAGGUCAUGAGCAACUUUUAAGCCUUCCAUGAUGCUUCUGAACAUGGUGCAUAUUGCACAGAGAGGUGUUUUGCAACCUUUGAUUGAGAUGCUUCAAUCUGCAGAUGUAUGGUUGAGGGAAAUGUCAUCCUUUGCAUUGGGGAGAUUGGCAUAGGUAAAAAGGGAAAAAGAAGAAAAACAAUUACUGAGGCAGUUUUUUGUGGAGAGAUUGUGGGCAAUUGCCUCAUCUAGAAUGAUUGAUUUGCUUCCUAGCUUCUUGCAAAAUUGCAUUUCCUCUUUUGAAGUUGAUGGUAGUUUAUAUCCUGCAAGCUUUUAUAGUUAUGGGCGAAGAACUAUACUUGUUAAUAAUAAAAAGAUUACAUGCAGAAACAGGAAAAUCAACAUAAUUCUGAUGGUCUGCAGAAAAGGGUAGGUAUACCUAGGAUUAUUUCCACACUAAGAAAUCAUAAGUUAUUCAAGUGGUUUUGUGAAGCAUCUGACACUAAGCCAUGAGGUAGUCUGAAGAAGAGGUCAUUCAGCCAAAACAGCUCAAACUAGCCUUACUAGCUCAAAUCCCAGUCCUUAGCCCAUUGACUCAUAUCUGAGGCUUACAUAAUCUAUCUACCUGCUACCUCAGACCUCAAUGUUUGUUAUACUAAUGGGGCACUUGUGGUUAGAGCGUAAAUGGGGGAUAGUGUUAAUUCUUUGAUAGAUUUUGUGGUUUGGUUAGGCUCCCUAUAAGGUGUGGUGGUUUUUUUGUGCAUUCUUGCACCUAUUGGUUUUUGUAUAUGUAUACAUCGUGUAUACCUUUUUUUAAUACAGUACUCCUUCACUUGUAAGAAAAAAAAAAACUAAUGGGGCGCUUGUACUUAGACAAAUGGAGUUGCUACUGUAGAAGCAUGGUGGCACAAACUGGUCUCAGAAACAACCCAUCUCAAGAUCAAUUACCAAAGAGGAGGAAGAAGCAGUGGAGACCCUGUACACAUUGGUAGGAAUGUUCCCCGACAAUGAUAAGACGGACAAGAAGGGUGAAUUGGUUGGCGAAUCAUCAGAAUCAAAGCCUUCAACUUUGCCAGAGGCGAGGGAGAGCCCUGCACCCACAUUAGGAAGAUCUGGUAUUAUGGCCAGGCUUGUCAUCAACAGGGUCGCUUGGGACAGCAAUUCAUGGCCCUUCCUUGCAUUCUUCAGCUAAAACUCAAGCUUGGCUAGAUAAUGCUACUGGCACUACAGGACCUAGUUCAUUUGGAAAUGGUGUCUCAACCGAAAAGGUUUCUAGAGUUAGAGUGCAUAAAAAGCAAUCAUGGAAAAGAUGUGCAGCUCAUAUGUUCACAUAAGUCGUCUUGUUCAAGAUUUACAAAAUUCAGAGAGAAAGGAAGAGUUUUCAAUGCAGCCUAACCAAUUGAGAACAGAUGAAGGAUCAAAGGAAGUAGUUUCUCUGGCAGGCAACUAUCCCAGUGACCUGAGAAAUGGAUUGAAUGGAGUUGUUUCUGCUAACAGGAUCGGUGGUUCAGCUAUGGAGAACAAUUCAAUUGAAGCUAGAAAAGUUAUUUUUCUACCGCAGGGGCUCCAUCAAGAUCAGCAGCGGGCUCCUGCAUCUGGGACCUACACUUCUCUUUGUCUAAGAACAGUAGCAACUCCAUUUGUCUAAUGCUGGUUCUCCAGGGAAUAAUCUUACUCUAGUUGAUCCCUAUCCUUAUGAAAAGAACAAUAGUCAAGUGGAUACUCAAUUGUAUUUGAUUUUGGUUGGUUGUGUUUCAAGAUAGAAUUGAUUGUAUAAGGAUAGGUGAACGAGGCAUGUUCUAACUUCAAUGUUUAGUUCAUGUUUUUGACAAGUGAAAACUUGACCUAUACAAAGGUGUUUAUUAUUUAGAAAGUUGGUGUUGAGUAAAUAAAUGUUUCUAUCAA